UGCGCCUGCGCUAAGCGCCGGAGCCCUGGGGUUGGGCAGAACCUAGUUCCGUGCAACUUUCAAGUGAGUUGCAAACUCCGCCCCGAGGCCGCUACCCGUGGCAGGGCCCGCUGAGACCGCGGGGACCCGAACGAGCGAAGGCCGUGACCGCCACCCGCGGCCCGGGACCCGCAGCAGCGCCACGGCGGGAGCCGAACACCUGGUUCCCCGCAGCAGGAAGUGCGGGGCUGAGCCGUAACUGCCCCAGGAGCGCCGCGGGGCGAAAGAACGCACCCGCCCUUACCGACUCCCAAGUCGGUUCCUCCGAGCCCCGGCCUCCUCGCUUCAGCCCACGGGUCUCCCCACUCUUCAGGCUCCGCGCACUGCUGAGUGAGGGGGUGGCGGGUUCACCUCUGCCAAGGGGCAGCCCGAGCGCCCCUCUGGUUCCUGCACUUCCACUAAUUACCCCAUCCCAGCCCCGCGUGAGCGUCCCUCUGGUCAUCUUCUUGCGGAGGUUCCCCCUUCGUGCCGAGGCUGCAGGAUGGUGUCCUGGAUACUCUGUCGCCUGGUGGUGUUGGUGUUUGGGAUGCUGUACCCAGCGUAUGCUUCCUACAAGGCUGUGAAGACCAAAAACAUUCGUGAAUAUGUCCGGUGGAUGAUGUACUGGAUAGUCUUUGCACUGUUCAUGGCGGUGGAGACCUUCACGGACAUCUUUAUUUCCUGGUUCCCUUUCUACUAUGAGAUCAAGAUGGCCUUUGUACUGUGGCUGUUGUCACCUUACACUAGAGGGGCCAGCUUGCUUUACCGCAAGUUUGUCCACCCGUCCUUGUCCCGUCAUGAGAAGGAGAUUGACACCUGUAUUGUGCAGGCCAAGGAGCGCAGCUACGAGACGGUGCUCAGCUUUGGGAAACGGGGCCUCAACAUUGCUGCUUCAGCCGCUGUGCAGGCUGCCACCAAGAGUCAGGGUGCACUGGCUGGAAGGCUGCGGAGCUUCUCCAUGCAGGACCUGCGCUCCAUCCCCGAUGACCCUGCUCCCACCUACCAGGAUCCCCUCUACCUGGAGGACCAAGUCCCUUGCCACAGGCCACCCAUCGGGUACCACCUCGCGCUCCCUGAAGGUUCGGACAAGGAAGAAGACCAUCUCUUCGGACAUGAACAGCUAGGGUCUGUGGAGCCUGGUCCAGUCUUACCUCUCCUGCCUUAUGAGGCUCUGGGGGCCGUUUGGAGGAGACCUCUGGUGGCACGUCUGAUCUGUCUAAGGCAGCUGCUCAGGCUCUGUCCUCCUGGCUCCCACGCUGCUGGGACCAUGCACGGGGCUAUACCUGUAAUGUACCAAAGUGGGCUGUGCCCAGGAUUCUAUUUAUUGCCUUUUUCCUCCUUCUCCCCUCCUGGGUGUGUGGGACCAGAGCCCUUCCCAAACCUCUGCAAGUGAAACCAAAAGUCCACCCAGCCGUGUUCAUUCCUUCCUGUCCUUCAAAGUACUUGACAGCCUCCUCCAAGGCCCUGUGUGUGUGUGUCCUGGUUGUGUGUCUUGUGUUGCUGAAUGUGGUCAGGUUUAUGCACGUUUUGGUAAAUAAACACAUAAAAGUGU